AUGGCAGAGGGUGGACAAAGGUCAAAAGGAGGAGAAGAAAAUAUUCCUGAUGCUGAUGAUGGAAGUUCAGGAGAAGAAGAGAGUCAUAAAAACAGGAGAGAUAAGGAUGAGAUUUCUAUAUCAGGUGACAAGUUGUCUUUUAACAUUGGCAAAGCUUGGGAGACAGUGAAAUUUCAAAUUUUUAUUAACAAAACGCAUUGUGAAUAUGAAGCAACAAAACAAGUUGACAUGUGCAAGUUACAGUUUGUCUUGGGAUCAGAUAUUGAAAAGAUAAAUUUUCUGAGAAGGUUAACAAAGGAUAUCAAAUUUGAAGUUCUAUCUGCCGGUGUUGUUGAAGUUAGUGGGGAGUUUGCCAAGAAGAAGAAGAUUGAAGCAGUUUGGAGCACAUUAAUUAUGUCAGUGAAUGAUGCCUUAGAUGGCCAAGUUGUGGAAUCUCACCGUUUUCAGAGUAGACGGGAAUUAGAAAAUAUUCUGCAAGAAUUAGAUGCAAGAAUAAAAAUUUUGAUAGUAAAAGGAAUUGUAGGCAUAUUAACAUCUUAUGAAGAUACAACUUGCAUCACAAAGUUUGUUGGGCCACAAAAGGAUAUAGAAACUCUCAAUAAAGGGCUAUAUCAUGCAAUGGCAAAUAAGAAACGAAGUUGCACUGGUAAGAGUGAUGAAUUUGACAUAUCAAUAGAUAUUUCAUUCGAUGAAGGCAUAUAUUUUGAAACCAUGAAACUAAAUGAACAAUUUUUGGAAAAAUUUCCUCAUGUGAGACUUGAAAAAGAAGAAAAUAACAGCAGAGCGUACAAGUUCACUUGUUCAGACGAAAAUUACCUUGUAGAGGCUAUAAACUGGUUCAAGGGUUCCAUGAACAAGAUGAGCAGGUUUGAAUUGGAUUUUUCCUCUAAAAGAUUUAUAAACAUAAGUGAAAGUGUUCAGUUUUAUUUGCAAAAGUGUUUACACAAAGUGCCCGCAGAUUUAAUAAUUCUCCCAGACAGAAUUUACAUUCUAUGCUGUAAAAGUAAUCUUCAGUCUGUUGAAAGAAUUGUUGCUGAUAGCAUCAAAUCUGUUGAACUUGAAGGCAGUUUGUUCCCAGAAGCAGAAAAGAUUCAGAAGGAUAGUCGUGGAAAAAUACAGGUUUUCACAGGAAAUAAACCAGGGAUGAUAAUAAUUUGGUAUACUGUAGAUAAAUCUGCUGAGGCAAAGGAGUUGAUAGAUUUAGUACAAAAAUACAGGAAAUACAAGAGAAAGCCAUAUUCUGACAAGGAGAUAAAGGCAAUGAAAGCUCUUGGUGUUAUUAAGGAGUUACAGGAGGAAUAUAAAGAUAUUCUUAUUCGUACAAAAGAUGCAGAUGUUAUACUACAAGGCCCAGAAAUGGAUCGUGUUGAUGAAUGUUUUGAGAAGUUAGACACUAUUGUACAACAGAUCAAAUUUGUUGAGCUUAAUUCUCUACCAGAAUUGCAACAGAAGCUGCUUAAAAAUGGUAAAGUACAAACAUAUGUGACAGAAAAGUUAAAGGGAAAGAUAGCAUUUUGUGAAGAUGGUAAAACAGUCACUGUCUUUUUUAUAAGGGAGAAUGAGAAUUCCAAAUCAAACAUUUACUUUGAGAUAAAGAGCUGUUUUGUAGAGAUGAAAAUUGAUACAAGAUGUCUUGAACAUGGAAAAGGAAAGAGUUUUCUUUCAGAGCAUCCAGAGGAGGUGGUAAUAGGUGAUCAAGGGAACAAAACGUCCUGUAUUAUAUGUUAUACUGCAGAUUUGAGUCAAGAAAUUGAACAAUUACUAUAUUCUUAUAGCAAGAGUUGUACUUCUAUUGUGGCAAACUAUCUUCUGUCAUUUGGUGCCAAAUGCCUUGAAGAGAUUAAGGAAAAACAUAAGGUUGGUAUUGAAAUUGAAAAUGACAGAAUCUGUGUCAAGGGACAGUAUAAUAGAGGAAAAAAUGUUGUUACUGAAAUAGAAAGUCAUCUGAACACCACUGUUUUACAUUUUGGGAAGCUUGAUUAUAAAAGAAAACAGUUGUUAGCAGCUGACAAAAAUCAAAUUGACUCUGUUGUUGAGAACUGCAGAUGUUGCUUGAAAGCUGAGGUAUUUCCACUCCAGUCAACACAGACUGAAGAGAACGGUAUUGAAUAUCUAUGCACUUGGAACCUGUGUCAGAGCAAGGAACAAAUUUCUAUUGCUGAGAUAGACUACAAGACAGCAAAGCUUGAUGGGCUCAUAAUUCUUGUAAAUGAGUGUCUGUAUGGAGAAGACAUCUCUGGAAAUGGUGAAAGAUGCUAUUUUGCUGACCAAAGCCAUCAACCUAGGCUGAGAAUUGGGGACUCAAAAGAAAUGGUAUUGAAAAACAAGUAUGUUUGUGUCAAAUGCUUUGCCCUGGUGGCAUCAGAAAGUGGUCUAACUGAAAACAAACAAACAAGACAAUACAUUAAUGGGGUUGACCUAAGGAAGUUCUGUUCUGACAUAUUUGCCAAGAUGUUUCGUGAGGGACUAUACAAAGUUGGAUUUGCAUUACCUACAGGAGAUCCAAACUUGAUAGGGAAAUUAGAUGCAGUUAUUGAAGCAUUUCAUGACAUUUACACAACACAGUUGUAUGAUAAUACGCCAGAUUCCGAACUUAUAUUUGGUGUGAAGACUGAAGCUGAGAGAUGGAUGCAGGAAGUUGAUAAUACCCUCAAGUUUGCCCCAUAUGCUAGGCGCAAUAUUUCCCCUAGAUAUACAGGUCUUUUGAACAGUCCAUGUACAAGUGUAGAGAUAGCCAAGAAGUCUAUUCUUGAGACAGGUGCAAACUGUAUAGUUGUAGCAAUUUCUCCAGAUCUGAAUUUGUCAAAGGGAUUUGUUUCAAGUCUUGUCAGUGAGGCAUGUGGUAAACGGCUGCAAGCAGAGUUGUCCUCAAAAUACAAAAAAGCUCCAGAGUGUUGGGACCUUGUUAUGUGCCAGUCAUAUAACUUGGCUGAAAAGGGAAUACAGAAGGUGAUAUUUGGAUUUAUACCACAUUGGACAGAUUGCCAGAAAAUAGAGGUGAGUUAA